GCUACAACCCCCAUUCUUCUGCACCAUGCGAUUCCCUCUCGAUGCUGGAAGCCUCCAGUUUUAGGAGUCGCACAAGACCGUCUCCCGCAACAUAUAUUCUGUGUGUUCUGAAACAAUAUAAAGCAUGCUGCCGCUCCUGCAAACAAUAUUACCUGGCCAAAGCAGGCAGGCAAGCUUCAUAAAGUUUGGGCUUUCAUCCUUGCACACAUGGAACUUAAUCUCCUCCUUUCUUCCCAUAGCCGGCCGUGUACCUGCCUACCUAGUCACCAGGGCAUCAGUGCAGCAGGAGCAACGCGUCUCGUCGCGGGGACCUGUAAUUUCUCCCAGCCUGCAAAUUCUUUCCACAGUCCAUCUCCUCCGUGAACCUGGUAUAUGAUUGCUCAUCCACUCGCACAAUUCAACUUUCUCGCAAACAACAACCAAAGCUGCCCCACACUGUCUGGCGCGAUGGCCACUAUCGACGCCCUCAAAUCCGCGCUUAGGGCCCAACGCCCGCUGUCCGACGCCGAAACCAUUGCCGGCUAUAAUCUCGUGGUACGCGGCGAGCGGGAGACGUACCGGGAGUUCAUCGGCCCGCAACUCUGCACCCUCGUCGGCGCGCUCGCCCGCUCUCGCGGUUCCCUCUCGGUGCUCGAGAUCACGCCCGGCCCCCAGAGCGUUCUCUGCCUCCUCCCGCUCGAGCUGCGAUCCAAGGUCGCGCGGUACAUGGCCUUUGAGCCCAACAAGUCGUUCGCGAAGGUCCUGUUGGAGGUCCUGGGCCAUGGUAAUAACAGUAACGAUAACAAUAAUAAUAAUAAUGCACCCGAGCCACCUCGCGUGCUGUUCCCGCAUCUCCAGCACCCGCCCGACAUCCGCGAAACCCCCUUCGCUCUCAACGCCGACUUCCCCAAGCACGACAACUUCGACGUCGUCCUGUUCGGUCACGGCAUGUACGGCAUGAAACAACGCCCCCUGCUGCUCCGGCAAGCCCUAGGCAUGCUGAGCGACGACCACGGCAACGCGUCUGAGAGCGUCGCCGACGUUUCUGUCGACGGCGCCGACCCGUCGCGCGAGCCCGAGCCAGCGAGCCCCAUGGUCAUCAUCUUCCACCGCGACAACGUGGCGCUGCGCGGCCCGCUGCGCGUGUGCCAACGCACAGAGCAGUUCACGGCAGGCCUCAUCACCGUGGCCAAGGGGAGGGACGAUGCGCAGGACGCUAACAAGGGCAACGAGGCGCUGGACCGCUUCGCGGCGUUCGUGGCCGGGUUCGCUGUCGACAGCCCCGCCCUGCGCGCCCAGUGGCGCUGCCUGUGCCGCGACAUGAGCUGCCCGGGCAGCCCGUUCCGCAACGAAAUCGUCUUUGGCUCGCCUGCCCGCAUGGCCGUCUUCACGCGCCGAGCCACGCCGCUGCUCGCCCCGCCGGAGCUCGUCGACCCGCUGCUCGAGCUGGCGGACCUGGUGCCCCUCGUGCUGGGCGAUCUCCCCGUCAAGAACCGCCAGGCGAGCCGCAUUCGCCCCGCUGCCGUGGCCAGGCCCGUGGAGAUCGUCCAGGUUCCUUGCACGGUCCGCUGGGCUGUGAGGCACGGCUUGAGUUUGACUGUCAUCGGCGGGGGCCACAGCGGCCACUGUGUUGCGCCUGGCGUGGUCGCUGUAGACAUGUCAGGUUUGAAGAGGAUCGAGAUUUUCAAGUCCGAACAUCUUGAUAUUCUCGUCGAGGCUGGCUGCACCACGGGCGACAUCAUCAGCGCAGCCAUGGCCGCGGGCGUCUCGGUUCCUCUUAGCUCUCGGCCCAGCGUGGGCGCCGGACUCUGGCUCCAGGGUGGCAUUAGCCACCUGGCCCGCAUGCACGGGCUUGCGUGCGACGCCAUCAAGAGCGCCAUCGUGGUUGACGUGCAGACGGGCAACGUCGUCUGCGUCGGCCCCGUUCCCGUCCGCUGCAAGCCGCCCCUGUCCAUGCCUGCCGAAACAGCCGCGAUGGACGACGACAUGCUCUGGGCCAUCAAGGGCGCCGGCACCCACAUGUUCAUCGUCGUGAGCAUCAUCUUCAAGACCUGCCCAGCGCCCAAGUACUCUGUGCGGAACUGGCUCGUGCCGCUGGGCAACGAGCGCGAGGCGCAACGACACAUCGGGAAAUUCGACGCCCUCGUCGCUCGGACACUGCCCCGCAACUUCUCGGCCGACGCCGUCAUAUUUAGCGAAGCGGGCAAGCUACAGAUCGGCGUCACCGUGACCGAGUCCAACACGGAGUUCCUCACCUUUGGCACCGACACCCACCGCACCCUCGACAGAGUGCUGGGGCCCGAUUCCGCCACCACGGUUGUCGACGGCGUCGGCGUGCUCGAUACGAGCAUGUACAUGCGCUGCGUGUUCCUCAAGCACAUCAAUGCCUCGGUCGUGACCCGCGCGCUGCUUUCGGCCAUCAAAUCUCGCCCCUCGCCGCUCUGUUACCUCCACCUGGUCCAGGGUGGCCAAGCGAUCAGCCAGGUGGCGGCCGACGCAACCGCCUUUAGCUGCCGCGACUGGGACUUUGCCUGUGUCGUGACUGCGUCCCAAGCCGCCGAGGACUGGGUGUACAAGGCCGUCAACACGCUGCUGCCCAUCAGCCAGGGCGUGGACAGCGCCGACCUAGGCCCCGACCCCCGGGACGGCCCCCUGGCCGUUCGAGCCUUCGGCCCCAACCUGCGGCGCCUGGCCCGCAUCAGGAGCCACCUGGACCCGCACGACACGCUCGCCUACACGUGUCUACACCUCAGGACGCCCAAGCUCAUCAUCCUCGUCACGGGCGAGAGCGGCGCCGGCAAGGACUACUGCGCAGCCAUCUGGGCCAAGCGGCUGACGAACCCGCACAACAACUCGCAGCGGCGUCUCAAGACACGCGUGGCCAGCAUCAGCGACGCGUUCAAGAGGGAGUACGCCACCGCUUCAGGCGCUGACUACGACCGCCUCCUAGCCGACCGCAGCUACAAGAAACAGCACCGCCAGGUCCAGCAGCGGCCCGCGCUGCCCGCAGAGCGCUUCCAGGACGUCGUGUGCGGCAACGCCGACGUCGACGUGCUGCUGGUGACGGGCAUGCGGGACGCCGCGCCGGUGGCCGCGUUCGCACACCUGGCGUGCCACAGCCGCGUCGUCGACAUCCGCGUGACGGCGGCCGAGACGACACGUCUCGCGCGCCGCAGCCUGGGCAAGAACCAGCAGGAGAACAGUGCGCAAAACCCAAUCUACAUCGACGACGAGCCCAUGAGCACCGACGACAGUCCCGCACGCAUAUCCGAUGACGCGUCAUCCUUUACCGAUGCCGCCGGGGAAAACUACCGGCCGGCGUCCACGUUCGCCAACGACAAGCGCGACAACGCCGCCGCCGUGGGAAGCUUCGCCGCCGCGCAGCUGCUGCCGCUACUGCACGACGACCUCGCCAAGCUCGCCGGCAUGGUGACCAGCACGGGCGGGUUCCCGCGCGCGCCGACGCCCGGCGGGAUCCCGCUGGUGGCCACGCUGCUGCAGCGGCACCUGUUCCUGUCGUCUGGCGGUGUAGGCGCCGUCGUGGCCCCCGAGGCCGGCGGGUUCGUGUUCGCGGCUGCGCUCGUCAUGCAGCUGGACCCGCACUUUGAGCUGCCGCUGGUCCCUGUGCGCGCGGCGGGGCGGCUGCCGCCGCCGACUGUGUCCGUGGAAAAGCCGGCGUCGCACGUCUUCUCUAGUGGUUCGGAUCAGAUGGAGAGGGAUGCGGUGCCGGCGGGCGUGAAGGUCGUUGUUAUCGACGACGUCCUCGCCUCGGGCAGGACCCUGUGCGCGGUGCUGCAGCUGUUGCAGAAGGCCGGUGUCAAUAUAGAGCGAGUCAGCGUCUUGGUUGUGGCUGAGCUCCCGCUUUACCGCGGACGGGAGCUCUUACGCCAGCAUGGUUUCGGUAAGGUCAGUGUCACGAGCCUUCUAGUCUAUGGAGGUUGGUGA